CCUUUAGUUUGGACUUGUCUAUCCUGUUAAGCAUACUUCUACUAUGCAUCCAUUAGCUCUUUAUAUUGCCUAAUAAGUAUUCCGUUGAUAGCUUGCCGCCGGUUCUCUUUAAAAUAUGAGGCUUGUCUAGAAUAUACAGUGACUAGAUACCAUAAACAAUGGGCUCCUUAUUAUUAUUAUGCACUUCUCUUGCUGUUUGCGUAAUAUCACUUUCAAAGGCGGAGCCUAUACUAAGUGACCUUGGUGCGUUCUUAAGUGGGCCUUCAGCAUCCUAUGAGGGAGUCCAUGAGGUGCAUUUGAGGACUGGAGUCGUGGAUGUGGACGCCGAGCACCGGAGGCUGCCAUCGCUGACGCCCCGUGCCCGGCGACUGCUACAGCAGCCCACGCCCGCACCCGCAGCCUCACCAGAAUGGGGACCUCUCGCAGGAGCGCAGCUAUGGCUGCUAACCAUGGGCCCAGAGCUCCAUUACUUCCCUCAACCUCAGCACCAUGUGACUAAAUUCCUGAAAUCGCAGCACGCGGUCUCCGCUGCUUAUGCAGCCGACACCAGCUCAGCUCUCAACACUUUUGCUUCCGAAACCGCUUCAAAACACCAACCGCUGCCUCGGUUUGCGGACCGACAAGCGGAGCUGCUGGAGCAAUUGCAUCAGGCGGGAUGUGCGCUUGUGUCCUUCCUGCCGCCCGCGGGUUGGUUACUGGCGGUGGGCGAGCAUGCGGACCUAGCGCCCGUCACGGCGGCCUUUCCGGACAUCCGGCUGGCUCCCUACGGGCCCCCGGAGCUGCGUAUCUCUCCCGAGCUGGCUGCAGCACUGGCGGUGCUGCGGGAGGGAGGGCCGCAGGCGGCGCAGCAGCUGGCGGGAGGGGCCAGGCUGGAUGAACUGUUGAUGACAGCUGCAGCAGGAGGAGGAGGAGGCGUGUCGCAGGGCGCGGCUGAAUGGCUUCUAGGUGCUGUCCGGUUGCAUGAGCCAGCCCGCGGAGGAGGAAGAGGGCGUCGGGGCAGCAGCGGCAGUGCUGAGGGCGCCUCUGCCCGGUCCCCGCCCCCCGCUCGGUUGCUGCUGGAGGUGCACUUCCCCUCCCUGGCGCCCGAGGACUUGCAACACCUGGCGGGUGGGUCAGCGGGAGGAGCAGCAGCAGCAGCAGCAGCCCCCUACCACCCCGCCUCCGCUGCCGCCUCCGACUGGUCCGCCCCCCUGUCCGCGCUGUCGCCCCCCGACUGCCCGCCUGUCCUGGAGGCGGACCCGGCGGCCCCCGAGCUGCUGCUGCUGGCGGUGUGCCCCGCGGCGCUGGAGGGGGUGGUGGGCUGGCUGGCGGGGGCGCAGCAGGUCAGCUGGGUGGCUCCCCGCAUGGUGUCCCGGCUGCACAACCUGGUGUCGGGUGCCACCCUGCAGACGGGGGGCAACACGGCGCUGGUGGGGGCGGCCACCUCGCCCGCGGCACACCCCUUCUGGAUGGCGGGGCUGGAUGGCAGGAACCAGACGGUGGGUUGCGGCGACAGCGGGUUGGACGUUGGCAACUGCUUCUUCUGGGACCCCUCCGUGCCCUUCAUGCAGAACGUGCAAACAGACACCAACGGACAACAGUUCUUCCUGAGCGCCACCCACCGCAAGCUGCGCUACUACCUGGCAGUGCAGGACCUGUACGACGGAGUGGGGCACGGCACCCACGUGUCGGGCACACUCAUUGGGAGCAGGUUCGACCGGCCCAACGCCACCGCCACCGACCCGCUGGAUGUGGGCACGGGGCAGGCGCCGGGGGCCAAGAUCGCCUUCAUGGACCUCAGCAGGGACAAGCAGGACGGGGUAUGGACCCCCGGCGACCUGGCUAAGUCCUACUUUAACCUGACCUACAGCGUGGGUGCGCGGGUGCACAGCGACUCGUGGGGAUCCGAGCUGACCGCGUACGACAGCAUGGCGGCAGCGCUGGACCGCUUCACAUGGGACAACCCGGACUUUGUGUCGGUGUUUGCGGCAGGCAACUACGGCACCAACAGCGGGCAGUCCACCACCGUCACCUCGCCCGCAGUCGCCAAGAACUGCAUUGCGGCGGGGGCCACACUGUCAUGGCCGGUCAGCGGCGACAAGCCCACCCUGACGGCCACCGUGUACAACAUGACGGCGGUGCUGAACCUGGCGGGAGGGCAGGGCGGCUCCCGCAGCGUGCGGGUGGUGGGUGCCAACUUCGGGGGCGACCUGGCGGGGCUGCCCGCCAACACCCCCCUGCUGGCGGGGGCGCCGCAGGACGCAUGCACACCCCUCACGAACGCAGGCAGUGUGUCGGGUCGGGUGGUGCUUGUCAAGCGCGGCGGCUGCUACUUCUCCGACAAGAUGCGCAACGCGGUGGCGGCGGGGGCGGUGGGGGUGCUGGUGUAUAACGAUCGCCUGGACGGCUACUUCCUGAUGCAGGUCCCCGAUGGCGUGUCCGCGGGCUCCCUUACACUGCCCAUGGGGGGGGUGCCGCAGUCCACCGGCAGAUGGCUGCUGGCGGCACUGGGGGCAGGUUCUGUUGCCCUCAGCUUCAAGCGCACCCCCUCGGACGCGCCCCCGGGCUUCGAGGACGUGGCCUCCUACAGCUCCUUCGGUCCCACCGCGGACGGGCGCAUCAAGCCCGACAUCGUGGCACCGGGCUACCUCCUCUCCGCCGCCUCCUCUGCCACCCUCGCCGCCGACAGCACCCAGCCGCAGUGCGGCUCGGGGACAGCACUCAAGUGGCUGCAGGGCACCUCCAUGGCCACCCCCGUGGUUGCCGGUUCCGCGCUGCUGGUGCGGCAGUACUUCACUGACGGGUACUACCCCGAGGGGCGACCCAACGCCACCGCGGGCUUCAGCCCCAGUGGGGCGCUGGUGAAGGCGGUGCUGCUGGGGGGCACGGUGCACAUGGGGGGUUCCGUGUCCGGCACGGGUAUGCCGCUGGAGGAGCCGCCCUCCUACCGACAGGGCUUCGGGCGGCUCAGCCUGCUGCACUCGCUGCCGCUGGCGGGCAGCAGCAUCAGCCCGGGCUGGAAGCUGCAGGUGGUUGACGGGGCCAGUCUGGCCCAGGGCGAGCAGCACCGCUUCUGCGUGCGGGCGGCGGGGGGGCCGCUGCGCAUCACACUGGCAUGGUACGACUACCCGGGCAAUCCUGCCGUAUCCAAGGCGCUGGUCAACAACCUGGACCUGCAGGUGCGGGCGGCGGGGCGGCCGGGGCUCGUGGAGUACGGCAACGGAUUGCAGGACAGCGUCAACACGGUGGAGCAGGUCUGGUACGACGACCUGGCGUCUGGCGAGGUGGCGGUCACGGUGUCAGCCCCCGUGGUGUAUGCGGCGGCGGGCAAGCAGCCGUACGCGCUUGUCGUACAGGGUAAGUUCAGCGGCUACCUGAGCGCCCCCAGCGCCGACGACUCCGCCUCCGCCUGCGUGCUGCAGCUGGCGGUGAUUGACGGCAACAUGUCCACCACACUGCUCACCAGCCAGAGGAGUGCCGUGUUCUACUUCAGCACCCAGGACGGCUCCAGCCCGCAUGACGGCUUCGAGUGCCGCCUGCUGCCCGACUCCUCCUCCCCCGCCGCCACCUCCUCCUUCGCCAGCUGGGCCACAUGCAGCAACCCCGCCAAGUACUCCAACCUGGCGGAUGGGAAGUACAGCUUCCAGGUCCGCGUGCUGAACGAGAACGUGGCCACCAUCCGCUCCCUCACCGUGGACACCACCCCGCCCGUCACCACCCUCACCUCCUCCCUCCCCGACCCCUCCUCCUCCUCCUCCUCCAUCACCACCACCGCCGACAACGUCACCUUCACCUUCACCGCCAGCGAUGUCUCCACCUCGGUCAACUUCAAGUGCUCACUGCAGUUCAGCGCGCCUGCGGGGUCGGGCGCCAGGAGCCCUGCUUGGUUGCGGCGGGUGGCGGAUGGCGGCGCGGUGACGCCGGGUGCGGUGUUUGACUGCCAGAGUCCGCUGGGGCUGGCGGGCUUGAGCUUUGGGGACUACACUUUCCAGGUGAUGGCCUACGAUGCGGUAAACAACCCGGAGACACAGCCCAAGUCCAUUGACUGGAAGAUCAGGUACACCCCCGGCCUGGCCUACGCCCGCAUCUCCCGCGGCCCCUCCGGCCUGGUCGCCAACCGCUCCCUGGAGUUCACUGUGACGGGCUUCAGGGGCGCAGCGCAGACCGACACCGCCCCCACCGACCUGCCCCCCGGCGGCCAGCAGCAGCAGAAGUUCGAGUCCGCCAUCUUCAACACAACGGAGGGCAGUGCAAGUGUGGCGGCGCUGGUGGCGCGGGCGCCCGCUUGGAACCUGCUGACCACGCAGAGCUGCCAGUUCUCCGUGUCCUCCGACGGCAGCUACGUGGUGGUGGUGCGGCCGCAGGGCAGCACGGACGCCACCACUUGGGCGCUGGCGGCUGUGGUGGUGGACACCACCCCGCCCGUGGUAGCCAUCCUUCGGAACAUCUCCGCCAUCCAGAGUGACCCACGGGUCACCAUUCCCUUUGGGGACGCCGGCCCCGAGGGUGAGAUCCGCGCCUACUACUGCCGCUGGCUGGGCCCCUCCGCCAGCCCGCCAGAUGCCGACACCCCCAACACGGCUGCUGCCCCGUUCGUCAGCUGCAGUGGCAGCUCCACCCACGAUAACGUGACGGAGGGGUACUGGCUGUUCCAAGUCAAGGGCCGCGACGCCGCGGGCAACCUGGGCCCCCCCACCAACGUGCUCUUCCGCACCGACCUCACCCCGCCCGCCAUCAGCACCAACAUGCCCCCCGCAGUGGCCGCCACACGGGUGGCCUGGAACUUCAGUGUGGAUGAUGGACCCAGCGGCACAGGCAUCGCCAACGUGAGCUGCUCCUUCCGCUACACGCACCUGGUGGCCAUGGCCAACCUGAGCCAGGGCGACAGCGAGUACCCGGCAGGAACCCGCAUGGCGGGCUGGACCAACCCCUGCCCCAACCCCGCAAAGUACACAGUGCAGGAGGGCUCCUACGUGUGGUCUCUUGCCGCCUCCGACAACGCGGGUUUGCGCACCACCGCAGACUACCAGCUGGUGGUGGACUUCACGCCGCCCGUCAGCAGGGUGUUUGCGAGUGCGCUGCCGGCGGGGAGGACGCUGCCGGCAAAGGUCACCAUCGACUUCAUGUCCACCGACAAGCCCGACGACUCCCCCAGCGGGGUGGCCCAGCAGCUCUGCCUGCUCAGCCAGACCUCCGCACCCCCGCCCGCAUCACCCCCGCCUCGCCCGCCCUCGCCGCCCUCACCGCCUGCCUCCUCCCGGCCGCCCCCACCGCCGCCUGCCGCCUCUAGCAGCUCGUAUUCCUCCUCGCCCUCUUCAUCUUCCACCUCCUCUUCAUCUUCCUCCACCGUUACUGGCAGGAGGCAGCUGGCUAACACAGCUGCUGCUGCUGGUCCCACCUUGCUGGGUGGCACCCAGGUGCAGCUGGGGGUGUGGCAGGUCUGCGAUGCAACCGGGUCUGGCUCCAAUGUGACGUAUCAGGGCCUGAGCACCGGCUUCUACACCUUCAGCGUCCGCGCCGUAGACCUCGCGGGCAACACCGGCCUGCCCACGCCCCCCUACUUCUUCGCCGUGGACUCAAGCCUGCCUGACGACGGCUCCGAAACCAUCACCCCGCAGGGCACCCAGGGGCUCAGCAGUCACAAUCGCGCCCUAGUUGCGGGUCUGGUGGUCCUGGUAGGCGGCGUGAUUGGCGUCGCAGUGAUUGUGGGGGUGGUGUGGGCCCGGCGGAGGGCUCUACGCAAGCGUUACAACCCGCCUCCUGCGCUGCCGCCCUCGGGCAGCGUGGAGAUGCAGGGGCUCGCGUUGGUUCCUCCGCCCGGUAGUGGAGGAGGAGGAGGAGUGGGGUCAGGAGGAGGGUAUGUGCCCAUGUACGGCGGUGUGACGGGGCCUGUUGCCGGGGCGGGAUCUGGAGGA